AUGGACACUGGCAAGAUCAACGUCGAGAAUGUGCUUCUGCUAGAGCAGCCUUUCCUCAAGAUCCCAUUCGAGCAGAUGCGCAAGACGAGCAAGGCCAAUCAGCGGGCCAUCGACAGAGAGCUCAGCAACAUGUCCGACAUCAUAGCUAAGCGGAUGUCUUCCGAUACGCCGACAGACCAGCAAGAAGCGCUAAAGACUGUCGAAAGCAUGCUGACCAAGAUGCUCGCACUCAAACGCAAGGUUGACGACUCCACAAAGACUUACAAGACCGCACAGCAUGCCAUGCGCGAACGGAUCGCUCAUCUUGACCAGCUCUACCAGAUCGCGUCCGGUUCGUCGCCUGAUAGCGAAGCGGCUUAUGCGGACUGGCGCGCGAUCCGCCUCGCUCGGCAGCUCACCGAAUACUUUCAUAGACAGUCGUACGAGAUCACAGCGAGCAUGUACGCAGAAGAAGAAUCGAUCGAGCCACUUGUCGAUGCAGCACUGUACGAUGAGAUGAGGAGGAUAGAUGCCGCACUGGCCGAGCGCAAGGUCACCGAAGCACUGUCAUGGUGCAAAGAGAAUGCUACCGGUCUCAAGCGCAUCAAGAGCUCGCUCGAGUUCGAGCUACGACUGCAAGAGUUUGUCGAGCUCUGUCGGCUACGACAGCUCGGCCAGGCGAUUCAGUAUGCCCGCAAGCAGCUUGCGCCAUGGCAAGGCACCUACCCGGAUGAGAUCAAACAAGCCAUGGCACUGCUUGCCUUUGCGCCAGAUACCAAAUGUUUGCCGUACAAGGACCUGUACGAUCUAGCGUGGUGGACUAGGAUACAAGCAUCUUUCAGGCUUGCUAUCUAUACGCUCUACGGUCUUCCACCAAUGCCUACGCUCUUCCUCCCGCUGCAUGCAGGCAUGGCAGCUCUCAAAACGCCUGCGUGCACACACAGCGCUACCGAGUUGCGUAACAUCAACUGUCCACUGUGCGAUGACGAAGCACUUGGUGGUCUGGCUAAAGCGGGCAAAGUGCCCUUUAGUCAUCAUGUCAAUUCGACAAUCGUCUGCUUCAUCUCUGGCAAAGUCAUGCAAGAUGACAAUGUGCCGCUGUGCAUGCCCAACGGAAUGAUCUACUCCAGCGAGGCGAUGCAUCGCAUGGCUGCCGAGUCGGGUGGCACGGUUCGCUGCCCUCGUACAGGCAAGGAGUAUGCGCUUCACGAGCUGAAGAAGCUGAUCGUUUUUGGAACGAUCAGCCUCGACUUUGAGCGAUCUGCUCCCUUUUGCGGGACCCACACCGCGGAUUGCACUCAAGCCGCUUCGCUGUCCCGAUGGAUGGGACGACAUCGCAAUCGUGAAACAAGCAAAGGGCAGUCCCUAUGCACCAUUGCCAAUCUGAUCAGACUUCUUAUCUCCCUCGUCUUCCUUUUGAGAAGCGUCUUUGGGAAAGUAAAGAAGCAAAGACCAGAGGUAUUUCUGGUAGCGCACGCGUAUCGAGAUGACCGAUCGGCUCGUCUCGAGCUCUUGUCACUGCCGUCUGCCGUCCACGAACCCUUGCGGGCGCUUCUGACUCGACAGGACGUAGCCAAUGAAGGGCACGAGGCACCGACAUUGAGGGACAGCGGAGGCUGGUACGCCACGUGGCAGCAUCUUGGUGUGAGAGAAAAGCGUCAAGAGUGCCGUCUCGCAGGGCUGGGAGCGCAUUCGUGUCGGCUCAUCCAAGCGGUCAGGCACUCGACCGACAGACAGCUAGCUCCCUCACUCGCGCUCUUGAUCCGCGGACCACUCUGCAGUCAAACGACACAAGGCGAACGCGUCUACGCCGCCCUGAGCCUAUCCUCGAGUGACGCCGUCUUGUCUCCUUUGCUCGCCACUCGUUCAGCUUGCUCUGUCUAUAUCUUGUCUGGUCUCAAUCCGCUCGUACUGACAUCUGUCGACCUGGUGAUACGUCAAGAACGGCUAAUCGAGCUGCUCGGCUCAUUAGUGUCCACUUGGCAGCUCCUCCUGCGACGAUCAGCUCUUAUUGGCACUGCCAACGAUCCACUGCCCGCAUCGGACUCAAACACGCAGAAACCCGCUGUGGAGCUCAGACGAGCUCUCUCUGACGUUCAGACAUCAGCACGAUACCGAUCUGAUUAG